AUGGGUUAUUUUAAAGUGAAGGUUUACCAUGGAGGAUGGUUUACGUAUAAGAACGGUCCAUUAGAGUAUGUGGGAGGAGAAACAACGGUGAUAGAAGAGAUUGAUGGUGAUCGGUGGUCUUUAUUUGAAGCGUAUGCUGAGCUAAAGCAACUUGGUUACGUCGAGGAGAAUAUCCUAUCAUUAUGGUUCAAGGAUCCAGUUGCUGAAGACAUGGAGAAAAAUCUGAAAUUGUUUAAAACUGAUGCGGAUUCCAUUGAGAUGUGUCGAAUAGCAGAGUUGAGAGACCAUGUAGAGUUAUAUGUUGUCCAUAAGGUUCAGGACAAAGAGAUGUUUCCUGAUGUUGGGUACAUUGAUGUUGGGGAUAAAGAUGGGAUGUGUGACAUUAGUGAGGGGCAGGAGCUGGUUCCGUAUGGUGGAGUAGAUGAGCGGGGAAAGCAAUCUGAACCAUUUGCUGCUGACUCUGGGGCAGAGGACGACAAUGAAGUUGGGUAUGAUAAAUCUAGUGACAGUGACAGUCUCGAUUCGGAGUACAAUCCAUCUGGGGAAGAGGACGAUAGUGAAGAUGAUGUGCACUUUACUGAUAGUGAUGAUGAGCUUGAUCCUGAGUUUGAGAAUGUUGAGGGAGGAGACAGUGAUGACUUAGAUUUCGAUCACCAGGUUGGGUCUGAUUCAGAGCAUGAGGGCUUCACAUUUCCAGUUCACAAGCUUCAGAAAGAUAUGAGUCAAUACAAAUGGGAAGUUGGCACAGUGUAUGCAUCUCGGGAGGAGUUCAAGGACACUGUAACUUCUUAUGCUGUGCAUACGGCAAGGUCAAUCAGGUUUAGGAAGUGUGACUUGCAGAGGGUUAGGGCUGUUUGUUCGGGGGAUUGUCCUUUCUGGGUGUAUGCUGCAAAGGUUAGAGGUGAGAAAACUUGGCAGCUACGCAGCAUGAACUUGACACACACAUGCACACAAGCACACAGGGUGGGGAUCUUACAUCCGAAAUGGCUCGGCAAGGCGUUUAAGAAGAAGGUUGAAUCAAAUCCGAAGGUGAAAAUAAAGGAGUUGGUUUCGAAGGCACAGAAGAAAUGGAACUUGACUGUCACUAACUCACUGGCCACUAAAACCAAGCAGAUUGCACUUGAUCAAAUUCAGGGAACCUUCCGUGAGCAGUAUAAAAGAAUUUAUGAUUAUGGACAGGAGCUGAUGAGGGCAAAUCCAGGAUCCUCAGUUCGCAUACAAGUGCAGAGGUCCCCAGAUCUUGACAGUGAAGCACCAGCAUCAUCAAGGACCACUUACUGCAUCUUUCAUAGGAUCUAUGUGUGCUUGGAAGCAUGCAAGCAGAGCUUCCAGCAUUGCAGGGAUUUCAUUGGCCUAGAUGGCUACUUUUUGAAGACACCCCAGGGAGGACAACUGCUAACUGCAAUUGGGUGGGAUCCCAAUGACCAAAUGCUGCCGAUUGCGUAUGCGGUUGUGGAGGCCGAGACGAAGGACUCAUGGAGUUGGUUUCUAAGUCAUCUUGCAUCUGAUGUUGGGCUGGAUAAGAUGGGAAGAUCUACCUUCAUGUCUGGCCAACAAAAAGGUCUGUUGCCAGCAUAUGAGGAGGUUAUACCUGGUGUGGAUAAUCGGUUCUGUGUGAGACACUUGUACAGCAACUUCAGAAAAAGGUUUCCAGGAUUACAAUUGAAGAAACUGAUGUGGAAGUGUGCUAAGGCAACUCACUGGAGGGAUUGGGAGAGGCACAUGGCCGAGGUGAAAGCUGUGAAUCAGGAGGCCUAUAGGUACCUAAUUGCUAUCCCUCCUAGGUAUUGGUCUAGAUCUAGGUUCACUUAUAACUCUAAGGUAGAUACAUUGGUUAAUAACAUGUCCGAGAGCUUUAAUUCUGUCAUUGUUGAUGCUAGAGAGAAGCCUAUAGUCACCAUGUUAGAGGAAAUCAGGGUAAAACUAAUGACUAGGUAG